CUUCUUUUUGGGCUCAGCUUGCGCCCUUUUCGCCCGUUGCCCGGGCCCCUGGCGGCGCGGUCAGGGAUGGACCGAGAAAGCGAUGCGGGCGACGAGCAGCCCCGACAGAAGAGAUCUUCCAUUUCUCUCGUGGGAAGGUUCAUCAAGUCUUACAGCGUCUCCGAUGGUCAAUCACACCAG